AUGAACAACUAUCCAGAGACGAUCAUCGAUAUAUAUGCCCUCAUGGGCGUUCCGCGCACCACUCGAGCAGAGAGGAUGCUCGAGCACCUGACGGAAAGACUUCGUCAGUAUCGACCGGAACAUGUCCGGAACGAUUCGAAGACCGCCAAAGAGUACCGUGUGUUUUCUGAUUUUAUGGAAGUGAUGGCAAACAAAUGCAGGAAGCACCGUUAUGAUUGGGAUUUGGACCUCCAAGACAAAUCUAGAAAACAUUAUGCCGUAUCGCAGCGGGGGUUUGAGAAAAAGUACCCACCUCGACCAUCAGGCAGUCAGACUCCCCCGAGCAGGGACCGACAGCCCGCUGCUGCCCCGCAGUCGGCAAAUUCGAACGGCUCAGUGCCUCGCCCUGACCCAGGAUCGCGAAGGAACACCACUGACUCGACCCUGACCCGGCGUAAUGCGGUUAGGCGACCUUCCAAGAACGUGCAGAAACUGCCAACAACGUUUGAGGACGAUUCAGAAUAUGCUCGAGGAGGACAUAGCUCACGAAGAUAUAGCUUCGUGGAUGAAACGCUGCAUACAGCAGCUCCUGGGCAUAGAAGUGAAAGGUCGCAUGUGCGUCCAGCUCAUGGUCAGAGAUCUGGAUCAUACCUUGACCAGUUCAGAGGUAGAACGUGGGGGAAGGCCAAGUAA